AAUUACUCUCUUCCACCGACGAUUUUUCACAUGAUGCUUUAUUCUUCCUCACUCGAAGCAAACCAAGCUUAACCACCAUUUUCAUCAUUCUCCCUCCUCCAAUCUCAUAAUUACUUCUACCAGUCACCAGAUCUCGCCUCUUUCUCCAUUACACUAACUCCCAACUUUUGAUAACAACUACCCACCCGAAUAAACAAUCAUACAAAAUACCCGCCUUUUUGUCUUUCCCUAAUUUCAAUUUACAUUCUUCAAUUUUUGAAGUUGAUUCCUCAUCUGGGUAUGUCUAACUAUAUCAAAUUUCGUUGAUUUUGGGUGAAGAAAAUGAUGAAACAAGUGGGAAGAGAGGGCACUUCUUCAGAUGAUGAAGAAGAAGACCGCCAGAAUUUGAUUCAUCAAAAUGAUUCCCAAAAACCCACCUCAAAUUCCCAAUCUAUUUCUCCAUUUCACAUUGAUAAUACUGGUUUUGUAUCGUCGCUACGACAUCGAUUCAAAAUGAAUAAGAAAAGGUAUCUUUUAGUGAUCUUUAUUCCUUUGAUAGUUGUUUUUCUUUAUUUUUCAUUAGGUUUUCAUAAUAAUUCAAGUGUUUGGGAUAUUAAAUUGCUUAAAUCACCUUCUGAUCAAAUGAGGGAAGCAGAAUUAAAGGCUUUGUAUCUUUUGAAAGAACAACAAUUAGCUCUAAUUUCAUUGUUGAAUCGUACAUUGGGAACUUCAUUGAACACUACAUCGAUUAGAAAUCAUGACAAUAAUAACACUUCUGGGUACUUGAAUUUGAGUGAAAUGCCUGUUGAAAAGUCUGUUUUUGAGGAUUUGAAAUCUAGAAUUUUUGAUGGAAUCAUGUUGAAUAAGGAAAUUCAGAAGGUAUUAUUAUCUACUCAUAAAAAUGGGAAUAGUUCAGAAUUGGGUGUUGGAAAUGAUGAUUUAGUUGACGGAGGUAUUAGUAUUUGUGGGAAAGUUGAUCAGAAAUUGGCUGAAAGAAAAACCAUUGAGUGGAAUCCGAGCCCAGAUAAGUACUUGCUUGCUAUCUGUUUAUCGGGUCAAAUGUCGAACCAUUUGGUUUGCUUGGAGAAACACAUAUUUUUUGCUGCGGUUUUGGGUCGUGUUUUGGUUAUUCCUAGUCAUAAAGUAGAUUAUGAAUUUAGUCGGGUGUUGGAUAUCGAGCAUAUAAACAAGUGUAUUGGGAGGAAGGUUGUUGUUACCUUUGAAGACUUCAUGGAGGUAAAGAAGAAAGACUUGCAUGUUGACAAGUUCAUUUGCUACUUCUCGAAUCCUCAAAAGUGUUAUGUUGAUGAAGAUCAUGUUAAGAAGUUGAAAUCUUUAGGUUUAUCUGUGCCUAAGCUCGAAUCGCCAUGGGAGGAAGAUGUGAAGAAACCCAAGAAGAGAACAAUUGAGGAUGUUAAAGCUAAGUUUUCUUCUGAUGAAGGGGUUAUCGCAAUUGGAGAUGUGUUCUUUGCGGAUGUGGAGAACGAAUGGGUGAUGCAGCCUGGAGGUCCGAUUGCGCAUCAGUGCAAAACUUUGAUUGAACCUAGUCGACUUAUAUUGAUCACGGCCCAACGUUUUAUCCAAACGUUUUUGGGGAAGGACUUUGUGGCACUUCAUUUUCGCAGGCAUGGCUGGUUGAAGUUCUGCAAUGCUAAGAAUCCAAGUUGCUUUUUUUCAAUUCCUCAAGCUGCAAAGUGCAUUGAGCGGGUGGUCGCAAGAGCGAAUACACCAGUCAUAUAUCUCUCCACUGAUGCAGCAGAUAGUGAAACGGGAUUGCUCCAGGCAUUAGUUCUUAAUGAUGGAAAGCCUGUACCGCUUGUUCAGCGGCCUGCCCGAAAUUCAGCUGAAAAAUGGGAUGCUUUGCUGUAUCGACAUGGUCUUGAGGGUGAUUCUCAGGUGGAAGCCAUGCUAGAUAAAACAAUAUGUGCAAUGUCGAGCGUGUUCAUCGGAUCGGCGGGAUCUACAUUCACAGAAGAUAUCUUGCGGCUAAGAAAGGGUUGGGGAACAUUGUCGGUUUGUGACGAGUACAUCUGCCAGGGUGAGGUUCCAAAUUUUAUAGCAGAGAAUGAGUGAAUUCAAGCUAGAAGUAUUUAGCACAUAGUAGGGUUAUGAUGUUGAUUUUUACUGGAUUUUGAUGGAGUAUGAUGUAAGUUGUGUAUGAUAAAGAAGUGUCUUCAUUUCCCCUUAUUCAUUGAUUGUAUUUGUUCUAUAUUCUUUUCUGAAACUAAUCAAGAACAUAACUAAAGACAUCAUCUAUUUUAAAGUGCCAAGGGGCUUGAAUUUUU